AUGGCGCCCAUCCCCGCGAUCCCCGCCACUAACGGCCCCCGCUCAGCCAAGAAGCACUCGGAGGUUGUCAUUAUCGGCUCGGGCCCCGCUGGCCACACCGCCGCCAUCUACCUCGCGCGUGCCAACCUCAACCCCGUCCUUUACGAGGGCAUGCUUGCCAACGGCUUCGCUCCCGGUGGCCAGCUCACCACCACCACCGACGUCGAGAACUUCCCCGGUUUCCCCGAGGGCAUUACCGGCCCCAACCUUAUGGACAAGUUCCGCGCCCAGUCCGAGCGCUUCGGCACUGAGAUCAUUACCGAGACCGUCGCCAAGGUCGACCUCUCGCUCCGUCCCUUCAAGUACUGGGUCGAGGGCGAGGAGGAGGAUCAUGAGUUCCUUACGGCUGACACCGUCAUCAUGGCCACCGGUGCCUCCGCCAAGCGCAUGAACCUUCCCGGAGAGGAGACGUACUGGCAGAGCGGUAUCUCGGCGUGCGCUGUCUGUGACGGUGCCGUCCCCAUCUUCCGCAACAAGCCUCUGGCCGUUAUCGGCGGCGGCGACUCGGCCGCCGAGGAGGCCAUGUACCUCACCAAGUACGCGUCGCACGUGUACGUCCUUGUGCGCCGUGACGAGCUCCGCGCGUCCAAGAUUAUGGCCAAGCGCCUCCUCGCGCACCCCAAGGUGACUGUUGUGUGGAACACGGUCGCCACUGAGGCCUGCGGUGACGGCGAGCUCCUCCAGAGCCUCAAGGUGCGCAACGUCAAGACCAACGAGGUUGCAGACUUGCAGGUCAACGGCCUCUUCUACGCCAUUGGCCACAUCCCCGCGACCGAGCUUGUCAAGGGCCAGGUCGCGACCGACGAGGACGGCUACAUCAUCACUGUCCCCGGUACCGCCCAGACCUCGGUUAUCGGCGUGUUCGCCGCCGGCGACGUCCAGGACAAGCGGUACCGCCAGGCUAUCACCUCGGCUGGCUCUGGGUGUAUGGCUGCCCUUGAGGCUGAGCGUCUCCUCGCCGAGGAGGAGGACAACGUUCACGCCGCCACCCCUUCCGCCGCUUCUGUCGCGUCCCCUCUUCCCACCAACGGCCACUAG